AUGAAUUGGUGUGAGGACAAUGGGGUGAACCGACUGAACUGGGCUGCCCAGAGUCCAGACUUGAAUCCUAUAGAAAACCUCUGGGACGAGUUGGAUCGCCGAAUUAAGAGAUGCGACAACCGUCCAAAAUCGGUGAAAGAACGUACAUGUCUUCUCCAUGCCGGGUGGGAAAAAAUACCACUGUCUGUCAUCCAAACAUUUGUGGAAAGUAUGCCCCGUAGGGUUAAGGCUGGAACUAUAAAAGGCCGGCAGUCUCAAGCCGCAGUCAAUAAAAAGCCCCGCACCGAAGAAAAUUUCAAAAUCAGCACGGAAAACUCCUACUCCCAUCUACAAGAAGAAAGUGAUAGGCCACCAAAAUCAAUAGCACCGAUCAGUUUAGUUAUCCAAGAAAACUUCAAUCAAAUACUACAAGAGAUAAUGAGGAAACAUCCUGAAACGGAAAACCAUUUUCAAAGAGGUUUUAUACAAAUAAAACCAAAAACAGAAGAAAGCAGACGUGAAAUAAUUAGCCUACUCCAAAGCAAAAAACAAGAUUUCAUUAUCAAUGAAGCUCCUGAAGAAAGACCUAUCAAAAUAGUUAUUAGAGGACUCCCGAACUACACCACAAUAGAUGACAUCAAAAACGAACUUGAAGCGAAUAAUUAUCAAAUUCAAAGAAUCAACCAAAUGAAGAACUUCAGAUCAAAAACCCUCCUCCCAUUAUUUCUCGUAAAAGUCAGAAAAACCGGUAACUACAAGAAUAUCUUCAACCUUAAACACCUUUGUUUCCUGUCCGUGAAAUUAGAGCCUUACAGGACAAAAAAUACUGCCACUAUAUGCUACAACUGCUCCGGAUUCCACCACUCUGCCAGGAACUGUCGAAUAAAACCCAGAUGCAUCAAAUGUAACGGAAACCACCCCACCCGUGACUGCCAAAUAAAAGAAAAAAUAGGGAACCCUGUUUGCAUUAACUGCAAUGCGACCGGCCACCUAGCAGCCUGGAAAGGAUGUCCUGCAAUACCUAGAGCCCAAACCCAAACUGCAAACUACCCCAGAAGAUCAUAUGCUGAAGUUAUCAAUAAAAGUAAUAGCCAAAUCAUCAAUCCUACCCGGUCUUGA